CAAGUGUUCACUUUUUAUGAAUAUCGAAUCGUAACAUCAGGCUAGUUGGUGAUACCUUACGGCACAACUAACUUACUGCAACAAACAUUCAUCCAAAGUCCAUCAAAAUGGCGCUUGGAGGUUCUGACCCAGUAACCUUGGCUAUAGGAGCCUGCUGGUUUGCGACCACUGCCUUUUAUUCGCUUCCUGCCAACAACAUUUUCCUCCGAGACCUGAAGAGUCCUCUCGGCCAUAAUCUCACGCGAUUCGUCGGAGCCAGCUUCUUCUGCCUACUGUUAGCGGCUUUUACACCAUGGAACAAAACCAAUCCGCGGCAAAUUAUCCGAUGUGCCUUUCCUGGGGUUUGUAUGGUUUUGAUGAACGUCAGCAAUUCGGUUGCGUUGCAGACUGUUGGCGUGACGCUCACCUACGUGGUCAAAAGCACGAUCCCAUGUUGGACUUGCCUUUACUGCUUCAUCUUCCUGAAACAACGUUUUUCGGUCCCGAUUAUACUUGCCUUGUUGACAAGUUGUGUAGGUGUUGCGUUGGCUUCUGCAGGCGAACUCCUCUUCAGCUGGUCAGGGUUCUUUGCGGCAUUGUUGAGCUGUGUGAGCACAGUGGCGUUCAACCUAUCUUCGAAAAGCAUCAUGCAGACGCACAAUAUGACUUCACUGGAGGCCUUUUCAGGGUCGCUCAUGAACGCUGCAGUCGUCGCUUCGGUGUUGUAUGCUGGAGGACUGGAAGUGGCUUUAGGUAUAAGUAAAUCGUUACGUCUUCCUUUCGCUCUCGAUUGCAACAAGCCCAAAAAAAUGAUUCUCAUCUUGAACACUGGACUACAGUUCAUACCCCCACACCAUCACUCAGCACACCCACUUCCACUGAACUAAAGGCCUCCGCACAAGUGACGUUUAUGCCACUACUCUCGCGGCCACGCAAGAGGGAGACUACUGGUUAUCAAUCGUUUUGGGCAUGACUGCUACCUCCUACUUCCUAGAGUAUAGCUUCAAUUUCGCCUUUACACCGCGUGUCUCGCCGGUUACUCUAGGAAUUUCCGACAUCGUGCGCCGCAUUCUCACCAUAGUCACAAACGCUUGCGUUUAUGGAUACCCAGUGUCCUUGUUGAACGCAUCAGGGAUUGCAUGUUCUUUAGGCGGUGCAGUGGCAUAUGCAGUGUUGUUGGCAAGGGAGCAGAAGCCUGCAGCGAAAGCAGGAUCGCCAAGUACGCGGAAAUCCUCUUCUGUUAGAAGUACACGAAGAAGUUCAUCGAGGGGCAAAUCUCCGGGAAAAGCUGCGGGGAAGAAACAAUAGACGAGACUUUAUAUAUGUUCCAUCCACAGGGGGGGGGCCUCCCUCCCUGGUACAUAUAUACUACUACUACGACUACACAACCGCAUAGUACAUCCUAACUUCUUGAUGAAGAGGACACAAUCUAAAUGCGUCUGCAACUCUCUUCGUUAGAAAGCGUGAGAACAGCACGCUAGCUGCAAAAAUAGCAUUUCCAUGCUCGUCGUCAAGGCUUCGAGGACGUAGCCUGGUCCUUCACAGCAGAUAGGAGCUACUAGACGCGGAAUUGUAACAUCACUUUACACGUCCACUUACUAUCAUUUCGAAUAGCAACAUGCUUCAACGUCAGCAGGAGCAGCAGUCAGCCACUUUACGCUGGCUCAAUGGCCAAUUAUUUCGGAGGCGUGUCAGUUCCGAGACUGCCUCAAACUUUCAUCAGUGUGCGAUACAUGUAUGCUUCUUUCAACCUGCAGGGGGAGACUUUAGUUUUGCCGCAGGUCUAGGAGGUAAAGGGAAAGGACAGGUGGAUCGCUCUCCGCAGGAGCCGCAGGACCUGCAAUCAUCGGCUCAACCACUGCAGUCUUCCGCAGACGUCGUGGAAGUAAAGGAGGAUCAUCAUGAUCCCAAUGCUGGCUUUCUACUAGCAGUGUCUCGCCGGGCGUCUCCUCUAUGCAAAAAUCCUUUUGUGAGCCCAACACAAAAGUUUGAUGGUUUUGCGGCUCAUGCUCCGUGAUAUUGGCACAGAUUGUAACUUUGAGCUUUGUGUUUUUCUCUGCGUUAUCGCCAAACUGUGCUAUCAAUGACUAGUCGUAGGCUUGAUGUCCGUCUGGGAACUACUGUUGGCGUAGAGCCGAAUGGAAGGCUACGCAAACGAAUCCGAG